AUGCCCAACGUCGAUGAAGAAUCACUGAACUCGCUGUUAGCUCGGUUGACUAGCUAUCCAGAGGAGCGGCAUGCAGCUGCAAAACAGUACAUGCCCGCUAUUCUUGAUCUUGUGAGCUCGGACCCGAGCGGGGUCGAUGCGGUGCCCGAGGGCCUGGUGCCCAUCCUGCUAGAGGAGUGUUCGCUGCAAGAGGUUCUGCAAUUCAUUCCGCCGCAAAUGUUUGAGUUAGGUUUGCAAAUGCCCACACUGCAAGGCGGGUUGCUGGACCAAUUGGCAAAAGCUGCUUCGCCUGAUCUAGAAAAUAUCGAAAUUACCAACCUUAUCCAGGCCGCGUUGUUUCUACUCACUGAUCCCUCGUUCCACUCGGUCGGAAAGGUCGAGAAACUUGCUGAACGACUGAACCAACUAAAGGUGCUUCAAGAUUUCAUUCCCUUUGAGCCGUUAUUUUCUGGUGGUUCUGUUCUGCAGUCGAGGCUGAUGGCUCUGAACAUCCUCCUGACAAGGUCUGGAAACCUUAAAACAGAGUUUGCCAUAUGGCCGCUUAAAAGCGCCGACGUGCUGGAUUCCUUGGUGCGAGCAGAAUAUUAUGCCAAUUUGAUUCAAGCCUCACCCCCGGUAGUCCACUUGCUGGAUGGCGUUCUGCACGACGCCGCCAAAUUGUUCAAAUCACAGAUCGAGCCUCUUUUGACGAAUCCGCUGGAGCAGAUCUUUGUCAAUUUGGCCAGAGCCGAUCCACAAGCUUUUUCAGAUCUUGACAAACGGUACAAAAUUACCGAUGUUGACACUGUCACACUGCUAGCCCGCCUGCCCCCCGUUUACAUUCGCACAUACCACAGCGACUUGCCAGGACAAUUGGUUUUGUCCAGUCGAACCGUCCCCGCAUUCUGCAAUCUGGCUACCGACGACUCACUAUUUGAUCUGCUGCAGUUCACCUCGUCACAGUUAUCUGGGCUGUCACUUGAUAUGCGGCUGCCCCUUAUGAUCGCCUGCACUAAUGAUCGCAAGACGGCCCAAAGGUUUGUUGGCCGAUUUCACAGAACCAUGCAAGGCGUUUUAGAACCAUCUGGUGUGCCAGAUAUUGCUGCCAUGCAAAACCAGCUAGAGUUUAACCUUCGGAAAGCCGGCAUUUCCCUUGGAUUCACGCGUGUCACCGACUCCACCAAGUGA